AUGCUCCGCAAAAUCACGGCGAUGACGCUCGGCAUCGGUCAUAUCCUGCAUUGGAACGACAGGAAUCUCCUCGAGUUUCCUGAAGACUUGAAACAAAACAGGGACCGGGUGUAUCAACUCUACAUAAAAAACAACUUCAUCGAAGUACUACCAGGAUGGAUUAACAGCUUGGCUAAAUUGACUCACAUCUACGUGGACAACAACAAAUUGUCGACAUUUCCCGCGGAACUUUGUGAAUUGAAGGGGUUGGAAGUGCUGUGCGCGCCGCGCAACUCUAUAACGGACAUACCUUCCACGCUCACUGCGCUCAAGCGACUGACGCAGCUGAACUUGUCCCGCAACCGAAUAAGAAACGUUCCCGGCGACGUUUUAAACAUGCCAUCUCUGUGGCUAUUGGACUUGUCUCACAACGAAAUCCAAACUCUGCCGGAAGUCUAUCCAGAUGGAUUGUAUUACGGGGAAAUAUUGUUGAACGGAAAUAAACUGAUCUCCGUGCCGGACAAUCUCAGUCGUCUGAAGAACAUCGAAUACCUAUCGCUGGCCCACAACAAGCUCCUGUACGCUCCAGCGGUGGCUUUCAGGUCGGAAGCCAAUAUCAACAUAGACCACAAUCCUUUCUUGAAUUACGUGCCAGCUACUAUUAAGGCUGAACAUUGUGGUACUCAACAAUUUCUGGAAGCACACGUGUUGCCGAACAUAACGUUGACAUGUAACUGUCGCGAUCUGAUUAUAUCACCUAAAAUCAAAGAAGUGUUCAGUGUCCGAGGUAAUGCACACUGUCCCACAUUGAAAGAAUUUGCCCUCAGGGCGCUCUACGUUUGGAAGACGCCAUUUUCCAAGGAUUGUGUCCCCAGACAUUUGUGCGAACAAUUGUCGUCUGGCCCAGCUGCUUCCUGUAUGCAAUGUUUGAGACCCAUGUUCACAUACAGCUAUGUGUGCUUAUUACAAUAUGAUUUUUUUUUCAGAUCACACACUCACUUUAAUGCCCAAUAUUUUUGUUCUAAAUCAUGUCAUGGAGCAUUUAAACAAUUAAUAACAAAUCGUUACCAAAUGGUUUUACAAGAAUUGGAUUUUAAAAUUAAACCUUAUGAAUUUUUUCAAAGUUGA